UGCUUCAGGUCUGUUAGGGGUGGGAAGUCCAGUAGCUUUUUCUGAGCAGUGGCAGUUAGGAGUGUUGCCUGGUGCCAGGUAAUGCUGCUUGGAGUUACUAGUUCUAUCCAAGGCUCUGUGACUAUCUCAGCAACAUAAUGCAGGCCGCAGAGGGACAGCAGAUCUUUGAUCCUGUCUCUUUUGGAAAGGACCUCAUGGCAGGGGGUGUGGCAGCUGCUGUUUCCAAGACGACAGUAGCACCCAUAGAACGUGUGAAGCUGCUGCUGCAAGUCCAGGCCUCGUCCAAACAGAUCCGUCCUGACCAGCAAUACAAAGGCAUGAUAGACUGCUUUGUGCGCAUCCCGCGGGAGCAAGGAUUUCUCAGUUUCUGGCGUGGCAAUCUUGCCAAUGUUAUCCGGUAUUUCCCAACACAGGCUCUAAAUUUUGCAUUUAAGGACAAAUACAAGCAGAUUUUCAUGUCUGGAGUGGACAAAGACACACAGUUCCUAAGGUGGUUUGUUGCAAAUCUGGCUUCUGGUGGAGCAGCUGGGGCAACAUCAAUGUGCGUAGUGUAUCCAUUAGAUUUUGCACGAACUCGAUUAGGGGCAGACAUCGGAAAAGGUGCUGCAGAGCGGCAGUUCAAAGGCCUUGGUGACUGUAUUAUGAAAAUAGCAAAAACAGACGGACUGCCUGGCCUAUACCAAGGAUUUGGUGUUUCUGUACAGGGAAUCAUUGUUUAUCGGGCGUCCUAUUUUGGAUGUUAUGACACCAUAAAAGGAUUACUGCCAAAUCCAAAAGAAACACCAUUCCUUGUGUCGUUUGCAAUUGCUCAAGCUGUGACUGUAUUUUCUGGGAUACUAUCAUACCCCUUUGAUACUGUCAGAAGACGCAUGAUGAUGCAGAGCGGAGAGGCUGAACGUCAGUACAAAGGAACUAUUGACUGCUUUAUCAAAAUAUACAGACAAGAGGGAAUAAAUGCCUUCUUUCGGGGAGCAUUCUCAAAUAUUCUUCGUGGGACAGGAGGUGCUUUGGUAUUGGUCCUAUAUGAUGAAAUUAAGAAGUUUCUCAAUAUUGAUAUUGGAUCAAGCUCAGCAGGUGACUAAAGCCACUGAUGAGAAUUUUUCUGCAUAACACACAGAGAUAGAAGUCUUACUGUUUUGAAAUUUUUGUUAUUCAUUAUUAUACCACAAGUGCUGUAAUAAAGUCAACAGUUCAGCAUGGUUCUGUAUUUACUCUUAUUCUAUUAAAGCAUCCAAAGAGUGGUUUGUCUCUGA